GAUGACAUUUCUAGUUACGUCGGAUAAGAUUGCUAACAUGCUAUUUUUUCUUUCUAACCGUCACGUCUUAGCAGGCGAAUAAGCCUGACAUAGCUGGCAAAAAGUGGCGUAAACUUGGUACAGCUGGGUUGUUCACGUAAUAAUCAAAUUUUCCGACAGCCCUUGAAUCCAACACGAGCUACUGCGUCCGGUUCAGACACAGACAUGGUGUUAGCAUCACACCAGCUUAUGAAUGGGUUCGUGUCGGGCCUCUAGAGAGCUUUACGCACCGGGGACUUUACACAUAAUAUUUUGGCAACGUUGUGGUUUCAUCUGGCUGUUAUCAGCCUCAAAUCCUCCCCCCUUGUCCCGUUUCUCCAAACAGCUACAAGCACGUUAGCUUAGCUCGACCUAACGUUAUGCUAACCGACAGGUUUAGCCAGCUAGCUCGCCGCUAGCAGCUUUCGUUAAUGUCGGAGGAAUUGACCUGAUAAGAAACAAAUAAGAAACACACCGUCAUCGACAGAGCAUACAGCGUGUGUGAGAGUUUGUCUGGAGGUAAAUAGUUUUUAAAAAUGGACCUCAAUUUUUACUCUGACCUGUCGGAUGGCUGUGCUCAAAAUGUUGAUUCGGAGUUUUUGGACACACAAGCUUAUGGAGGAUACUCCGAGGAAAACAAGUUUCCAGAAGGAAGCGACAGUUACCUCACCAUCAGUGGAGGAGGACACCCUUUCUUGUCUGCUGAGCAAACAUUUCAUACGCCCAGUCUCGGGGAUGAGGUGUUUGAGAUCCCCCCCAUCUCCCUUGAUCCAGACCAGGCUCUGAGCAUCAGUGAUGCAGUGUCCCACUUUGAGCUGAACGAUGGUUCAGAUGGCACCGGAGGACCUUCAGGCCCCCGCAGCCUUGUUAGCAACCUGGUGGUUGAGGCCAAUGAUCCUUCCUUUGCUUCCACCUUUGUGAACUCUACGUCUCAAGGCCUGGAGCAGCUGAACCUUGGGGCAAUGGGCCAGGCUGGAGGGGGAGCCCUGCUGAGCUCUUCUGCUUUGGAACUGGGGAAUUCCAGUGGGUCACAUUUCAGCAGUUCAUCCCCCAUGACCAUCGAUGUCCAGCUUGGUGACAUCGGUCACGGCCUUCUGGGAAGCAGUCACCUGUCCACCAUUAACCAGUCUGUGCUGGCGAUGGGUCUCGGAGGUGAAAACAUCAGGCAUCAUUCAGAGACUCAUGAGCAGCCUUUGUCUGCAACACCAUCACCAGCCGGCUCCCUGCAGGAUGAGGACAUGGAUGACUUCAAGAGGAGUGUGCUGGUAGACUCCCCCAUGUCUCUCUCCUCUUCCCUCACCCACAUCUCCUCCCACCCAGUUCCUACAUCUUCACUUACCCCGGCUACAUUCAGGAGAGGUGGGGGGAAGCCAGCCACGAUGGCCUCAGUGGCCGCAGCAGCGGGUGCUAAAAAAGGAAGGAAGAAGAAAGACCCAAAUGAACCACAGAAGCCCGUUUCAGCGUACGCCCUUUUCUUCAGAGACACACAGGCAGCCAUUAAGGGCCAGAACCCCAACGCAUCUUUUGGGGAGGUGUCAAAGAUUGUGGCCUCCAUGUGGGACAGCCUGGCUGAGGAGCAGAAACAGGUGUACAAGAGAAAGACGGAAGCAGCCAAAAAGGAGUAUUUGAAAGCGCUGGCAGCCUACAGAGCCAACCAGCUCUCACAGCCUGCCACUGAGGAGAUGGAGGCCGCCCCUUCACCACCUCCACCAGUGGUCAACCAGACACCUGCAGCCCUUCACUCUGCUGGUCACCAGCCCAUCCGACCAGCCACCACCAACCUGGAAGAGAACACCAUCACCAACAUCUGUGCCUCCAACAUAAUCCUGAACGUCCCGGAGGUGACCACACGUUCCCGCACAGGAGCAAACAAAGCCAUGGCUCCAGCUGCUGCAGCACCCCCGGCCCAGACCAUCACCAAGAUUAUAAUCCCAAAGCAUAUGCUGCAGGCAGGGGGUCAGGUGGUGACUGUGUUGCCAGGAGGGGUUCGUACUUUACAGCCUACACUAUUAUUGUCGGGUGCCUCUCGUCAGCCGCCUCCGCUGCAGCAGAUGCAGAACGCACCACUUCCACCACGGCUCCAGCAAAUGGCGCCGGCGCCUCCACCCUUACAGGCAAAACCCCGCGAGGGAAGCACCACAGCAGGUCUCCCUGUGUCGGUCACUGCUACACCUCCACCUCCACUCCAGAUAAAAAUAGUCCCCGCCUCCUUGCAGGGCAAAGACGCCCUGCCAAUUAUUGUCCCUAAUACAGCAGUCGUGUCGUCGACUGCGACUACAUCCGCCCAAUCUGCACCAGUUGUGUCAGUGCAGGUGGUGAACUCUGCUGACACGCAAGGCAAUACAGAUGAGGAUGAAGUUACAGAAGUGCUGCCCUCAGAAGAGGAUGAGAUGGAGGUUAAUGGGUCCAGUGAUGCUGCAACUAUGAGGAGUGUGUGCGCGAGGACAGGCUGCAACAACCCGGCUGUGGAGAGCGAUGACUGGGACAAAGAAUACUGCAGCAACGAAUGUGUGGCCAAUCAUUGCAGAGACAUAUUCAGGACGUGGUGCUCCAUCAGGAAUCAGACCUUGGGAACAGUGAAAUGAAGAGCAGCCACUACCAAUUAUAAGACACUUAAAAAGAAAUGACGGAUGCAGUGCAGAAACAAAUGUAUUUCACCGCAGUGUGAGUUCUCUUAUUGUUUGGUACAUGUACUGUAGGUUUGACAGUUGCUCUUUAGGAUAAACAAUUAGCAUUGCUAAAUGGCACUAAAUUAGGAUACAGCUUUUAGUCAGGCAUUAGAGGACUUCAAGGCAGCUAGAUAACAAAAUCAGCACAAUGAAGUAUUUAAGUUGGUCAAGAUAAUAGUGUUCUUAGAUUCUUUUACUAAUGCCUACACAGGUCAGUUUCUACUUAAGUGUAAAUUGUUGGAAAGUGUUACACUCUGAUAAGGACGAUCAACAUUUCAGCUUUUUACAGCAGUGUGAGACACGAUUGUACAGUGCCCACUGUCUGAGUCAAUGCUCUGAAAUGUUUUGGUGUUAUAAGCAGGAGAAACAAUUCAACUUGUUUCUUUACUUAGCUGACAUGUAUUAGUUUGUAUUACUGUAUACCUUUUUUGUACCGUGGCCUUCCAGGUUUAAUCUUGCCUUCAUUUUUU